AUGACCUUCACCCCAUCCACCUCAGUGCUCACUCGUGUCGAUGGCUCUGCUCAACUUGUCUUGGGUCCCAUCAAGGUAGUUAGUUCCGUCACAGGACCCAUCGAAGGAAAGGCUAGACAAGAACUUCCCACAUUGGCAUCGCUUGAAAUAAUUGUUAGACCAGCUACCGGUGUCGCGCUGACCAGAGAAAAGUUGUUGGAAGACAAGCUUCGCUCGUUGCUUCAAUCCGUCAUCAUCAGACACAAGUAUCCUAGACAACUUAUUCAAAUUGUAGUGCAAUUUUUGACCUCAGAUAGCGAUUUUUCAUCAGAUGUUCAUUCAAAAGAUUUAACUUCAAGUGAACUUAACGCCGCAAUUAACUGUUGCUAUUUUGCAUUAAUCGACGCUAAUGUCGCCCUUCACAACUCCUUUGCAUCUGUUUCCUUAUGUCUUGCCCCAGGAUCUUCAGAUUUCAUUGUGAAUCCAACCAUAGAUCAACUUUUGCAUAGUAAGUCUCAUCACGUUAUAUCUUACGACAUAAAAGACCAACAGGCAGACAGAUUGCUUCUUGUAGAAUCACAGGGUUCCUUCUCGGAACAACAGCUCUACUUGGCCAUAGAUGAGGCCAGUCGUGAAUGUGAAAAGGUUCAUAAAUCUUAUCAAAGACCUGCCAUUGUUGACAAGAUUACCAAGGACUUUGUUUGGAAAUAA